UGUCCGACAGAAAAGGAGAACAAUAUGCGUUUAAUUGAAGUUUGAGAAGUCCUGCUGCUAGGUCUCUUAAAACUGUUAUGUGUAACCUUUAUCAUAUAGCUAAAUGCGUUAUGUCAGCUGAGUGUUAGCUCAAACAAGCUUGUUAAAAAUGAACCUUAAAAUCGUGUCCUGGAUAUUCGCUGUGCUUUUACUAACCGUGGCAGCAGCAGAUGAGAUGCUGAAUAUACCAGGAGGAAAGAUGUUGAUGGGAACCAGAGCAGCUGACGGGAGAGAUGGAGAGUCCCACACCAAGGAGGUUACACUGGGACCUUUUCAAAUGGACAAAUAUCCUGUCACGAAUGCAAAUUUCAGAGACUUUGUGAGAGCGCAGAAGUACAAAACUGAAGCUGAGACUUUUGGUUGGAGCUUUGUGUUUCAAGACUUUGUGUCUGAAGAGCUGAAGGGCAAAGUCACACAGAAGAUUGAGUCUGCUCCUUGGUGGUUGCCUAUAGAGCGGGUGUUUUGGAGGCAGCCUGCAGGACCCGGUUCAGGCAUCCGGGAGCGCCUGGACUUCCCAGUGGUUCAGGUGAGCUGGAAUGACGCUCAGGCCUUCUGCCAGUGGAAGGGCAAGAGACUGCCCACUGAAGAGGAGUGGGAGUGGGCUGCACGUGGGGGGCUGCAAGGUCGGACCUAUCCGUGGGGGAAUAAGUUCCAGGCCAACAGAACCAACCUGUGGCAGGGAUCGUUUCCAGAAGGAGACACUGCAGAGGAUGGAUACCAUGGCAUUUCUCCUGUCACAGCAUUUCCUCCUCAGAACAGCUACGGACUGUAUGACAUGAUGGGAAACACAUGGGAAUGGACAGUCACGCCCUUUCCUGGAGCGCAGCCAAUGUAUGUGCUGCGUGGUGCCUCCUGGAUCGACACGGUGGAUGGGUCAGCCAAUCAUAAGGCUCGAGUCACAACCAGGAUGGGCAACACUCCUGACUCCGCCUCUGAUAACCUGGGAUUCAGGUGUGCUGCCGACGAUGGACAGAAACAAGGGAAGAAGAAAGACAAAACAGAACUGUAGCAACAAACAGGAAGUUUACAGACAAACAGGAGUAGUAAGUGAAUGACAGUAAUGUCCAUAUGAACCAUAUGAAUAUAAGUGUUUAUUGAUUCAGGUGCAAUUAAUGGAUCUAAUGACUUUCAAGCUGAGAAAGAACAAGAAAAAAAAAGCAAAGGACCAAUGAAAUCUUCAUGACUAAGAAUGACUAUUAAUGAGUGAUGAUGGUAACAGGAAGGCAUGAGUGUAGGAACAAACUAUUUCUCCUGUGGAGAGCUUAGAUUUUUUUAAUGAAUUUGAUAAAGAAUAAACACAAACAUACUAAUACAUAACAUCAAACACAAUAAACAACU